AUGUCUGGAUCAGCUGGGUUUGAUAGACAUAUUACCAUUUUCUCACCAGAAGGUAGAUUAUAUCAAGUAGAAUAUGCAUUUAAAGCAAUAAAUUCAUCAAAUAUAACCUCCAUAGGAGUUACAGGUAAAGAUUCAGCAGUUAUUAUAUCUCAAAAGAAAAUACCUGAUAAAUUAUUAGAUUCUAAAACAAUAUCAUAUAUUUUUAAAAUUACACCAAGUAUAGGAAUGGUUGCAACAGGUUCAAUUGCAGAUGCAAGAGCUCAAGCAAUGAGAGCAAGAAGUGAAUCAUCUGAAUUUAGAUACAAAUAUGGUUAUGAAAUACCUGUUGAAAGUUUAAGUAAAAGAAUGGCUAAUUUAAGUCAAUUAUAUACACAAAGAGCAUAUAUGAGACCUUUGGGAGUAGCAUUAACUUUUAUUCAAGUUGAUUUUGAAGAUGAAAAUAAAGGACCACAAGUUUUUAAAUGUGAUCCAGCUGGAUAUUUUACAAGUUUUAAAGCAGUAGCUACUGGACCAAAACAACAAGAAGCUACAACUUAUUUGGAGAAAAAAUUUAAAAAGACAAAUUAUGUUAAUGGAGAUUGGAAAGAAACUGUUGAAUUUGCAAUAACUGCUUUAAGUUCAGUUUUAGGUACUGAUUUUAGAAAAAAUGAUAUUGAAAUUGGAGUUGCUACUGAAGGUAAAUUUCAAAUUUUAACACCUGAUGAAAUUGAUGAAAGGCUAGUAGCUAUUGCAGAACAAGAUUAA